CUAUCAUUCACCAUUUUCUCAGAACUCAAGCAAAUUGCAGAUGUAUGGUCCUGUGGAGUUACUCUAUAUGUCAUGUUAGUGGGUGCAUAUCCAUUUGAGGACCCUGAAGAACCUAGGAAUUUUCGCAAGACAAUAUAGCGCAUAUUAGGGGUGCAAUAUUCUGUUCCUGAUUAUGUUCACAUAUCUGAGGAGUGCCAGCAUCUGAUCUCAAGAAUUUUUGUUGGCAAUCCUGCUGAGUGAGAAGAUGUACCGUAACAAAACGCCUACCGUUCAGAGUUCUACUUCUGGUAAUGUACCAAGUAAUCAAUCACAUGCAGAAUUAUUGAAAAAGAAACGUUCUCAUGCAGCAACUAGUUAUCUACCAUACGUGAAUUCUACAGGGAAUGGAUCCGGUUCUAAUCCGAGUACAAAACGUACUCGUCUGCAAACUUCCAAUCAAGAAUGCCAAAAUUCUGUAGCAGAUGGACUGAAUUCUAGUAGUACUGUUGUCACCACAGAACGAACUACUACUGGGAUUAGAGUUAGUGCACGUCUUCAGCAACAAAGUGUUAAUGAUCAGCCAGUGGUAAACACCAUAGUUGAAGAGCGAGAUGAUAAUGUGAUGUCAGAUAUUAAUCAGGAGCCUCCUUCAGGUACAACCAAAAAGGUGCGAGGGAAGACAAGAGGAGUGAAUGCAGAUAAGGUGUUCUCCCAAUCGAAUUCUAAAAUACCUAUGAUUCUGACUGAAGAAAAUGGCAGACCUACGGGCCCUUAUGCUGAGAUGUUUGCAAAUGAAAUUGGUUACACAAUUCGAAACUACGCCCCACUGAAUGUGAAAAAAUGGAAGAAGAUUGAAAAAGCAGAUGUGGAGAACUUGAUCAAAAGAAUGCAGAAUAAAUUUGAAUUUGAUAUGUCGCUCCCUUGGGUCCAGAGAUAUGUAAUUACAACAUGUCAGACCGUAUAUUGUAAUUUUCGUUAUAAGUUAAAGAAACAUUUUGAGCAGUUUUUAACAAUUGAGGAGGCAAUUCAAAACAAACAUGAAGCUGUCAAGACUCAGGAAGAAUGGGAGUUUCUUUGCACUCAUUUUUCUAGUAAAAAGUUUAAGAGAAGAAUGUUCUUAAUAGGUCAAAGUUGA